UAGUCGGCACAGGCCUGUCUCUCUUUGGCUUUUGAGGAGCCAUAUUUAGAGAGUUGUAGUGCGAUAAUAUCGCUGGCGGUCAAUGUCCCUCAAGGUAAAGAUAAUUUUUGGCGGCGAUAAGCAUUUUCCGGAGGUUUUCACAAAUCGCGGGGAUAUAAUUCGCCGAGUAUCUCAGCCUCGCAAGAUUCUGACAAGGCUCUCUCACCCCACGUACGAGGAGCCCACUCACCACUCCAGACACAAUAUUUCUCAACCAUGGGGAAAUCUUCUAAAGACAAACGCGACGCCUAUUACCGGCUAGCAAAAGAGCAAGGCUGGAGAGCAAGGAGUGCAUUUAAGCUGCUCCAGCUGGACGAAGAAUUCGACCUAUUCCAAGAUGUCACCCGAGUUGUCGACUUGUGCGCCGCUCCUGGAAGUUGGAGUCAAGUAUUGUCUCGAGUAUUAAUUAAAGGAGAGAAGUUUGGGCGGUCAGCAUGGGAGGACAAACAAGAAACGGCUCGCCAGACAUCUCUACAACAAUCAAAAUCCGAGUCGAUUCCGCUCGAUUCAAGUACGGACUCAGCGAAGGCAGUGGUACAAGAGCCAACAGAGCCAACAAAAGCAGAUUCGGCCCCGCAGCCGCCUAAAGAUAUCAAAAUUGUCGCAAUCGACCUCCAACCCAUGGCCGCCCUCCAAGGCAUUAUUACCUUACGUGCCGACAUCACUCACCCCGCCACGGUCCCGCUCUUACUCGAAAAUCUUGGAUCUGCUAAGGCCGAUCUUGUACUGAGCGAUGGAGCGCCGGAUGUUACAGGUCUCCACGAUCUUGACAUAUACGUCCAAUCGCAACUCCUUUUUGCAGCAUUGAAUCUUGCUCUGUGUGUUCUUCGCCCGGGAGGUAAAUUCGUGGCCAAGAUUUUUAGAGGACGGGAUGUUGAUUUGCUGUAUGCACAACUAAAACUAUUCUUUGAGACAGUCGUUGUUGCAAAGCCAAGGUCAAGCAGAGCAAGUAGUGUUGAGGCCUUUGUUGUGUGUUUGAACUUUCAACCUCCAGAAGGGUAUCAUGCGAGUUUGUCGGAACCUCUGAAUGUUGAACAGCUCGAAACAAUGGUUAACGCAAAGAGUAGCACAAAGGAAACUCUUAUAAAUUCCAGCAGUUCCACUGAAACACGGGCGGAUGGUGUCGUCGAAGUUGAAACCAACAGCGACCCUGAUCGGUGGAUAGCACCCUUCCUGGCAUGUGGAGAUCUAUCAUCCUUCGACGCUGAUGCAACAUAUCAUCUGCCAAAAGAUCGAGUAACGCUCGACCCAGUUCAGCCACCGACAGCACCACCUUAUAAACGAGCGUUGGAGAGGAGAAAGGAAGCUGGUGGAGCGUAUGGGAAAACUACUUGAAAGAUCUAAUACAAAACAACAUUCAAACCGGCAUCGCAGAGCCCCUUCCCUGCUUGUUUAAGAUUGCAAAACCAUUCUCGCCCUGCUUGAAUUGAGACAUUCCCAUCUUUGCAUAAAACGCCUCUCCCUCUUUCAGGUUUGCCAUCAGCAUCACUCGUCUCAGAUGCGGCCAAGAAGCGAACUCCUCGUUGACACAUUCCACCAGCCACGAUCCUAGACCCUUCCCCUGAUGUUCCUCAAGAACAUAUACAUCUGUCAGGUAUGCAAAUGUGACCUCGUCUGUAAUUACACGAGCAAAACCAAUCUGAGGAGGAUCGCUGCGACCUGACGAACAAUCAGCUAGUGUUACAUUACUCAGUCUAAAGAACUUACCAGCAAGUUCUGAGGAUGAUUCUGGUAGUGCAUAAACUCCAAAACAAAGAGACUUGCUUAACAUCUUCUUCAAAUAUUCAGGCUCCAUGCCCCUGGCCCAAUAUAUAGCAUCAGAUUCGAACGCUGCAUUGACAGCCUCAGGUUGGAUAAGCUCCGGCGAAGUGGAAAUCAUAUAGUUCUCC